AUGCUGACUGAUAUACCUAUGGUAGCGCCAAUAUCGUAUUUGACGCUAUAUAAUGCACAUAAUGGGGAUUCUGUGAAGAUUCCAAAGCCAAUCCGAUUCCACAGUUUGAAUGGACUCAAAUCAUUCAUACAUGAGUCGUUUACUGAUUAUAUAAUAUCAGAUAUUGAAAAUAUCUUCUUGCUAACUUCGUUUGGAAUGAAGGUAAAGUUCAACAUCAUCAAUGAGCUCAAUGAUAUAUAUGUGUUUGAUAAGCGGCUAUUUUCAGGAGCAAGAGAUGAAACCAUUAUAAAUGCAUAUGUUAAUCAGAACGAAGGCGGAUAUAAAGAGAUGAUCAAGCCUACCCCUUCGUCUUUAGUAAAGUUAGAAAAAACGAAUAUAAAGCAAAUGACCAGUAGCCUAAAAGUCAAUGAUGGGUGGUCGAAGGCAUUAUUUCAGGAUUGCUUAGGUGUUGUUGGCCAAAUGAAGGCAUACGUCAAGCAGAUCAAUACAAUAUUCAAGUGCCUAAAUAUUAUAUUCCAGUUUGGUUCGAACUUUAUUAAUGGUAUCGAAAAGAGCUUUAACAAUUAUUUGAACUACAUUAAGCUAUUGAAUUUAAAAACGUUGCAUAGAAGCUGGAACGGUUACUAUAAUAAUUUGCGAAAGUUUCCCAGUUUUCAAUUGAAAAAUGGUACAGGUAAUAUUAAGAUAUCAGACCACUUGAAUACAAGUGAGCUAGAAAAGUCGUCGUCUUUUGUGUCUAAAACCUUACCACUUGUUAUUAACAAGUUUAAUGAAAUGUCUGCUUCUAUUAAUUCUGUGAAUGACGAUAAAGUGAACGUUGAUAAACUUAUAGAAUCAUUGAGAAAUGAAUCCAUUGAAAACUUCAAAGACUAUGAUACAGGCUCGGAAGACAUAAUUAAGGAUGUGUCAAGAUUAAGUCAGUUGAUAUCUCACGACAUAGAUAAAUUAUCUACAAAUGUGUCAAUAUCCUUAGACUGGGUCUAUCGUAUCCACAAGGAUGAGAUUUCGCCGAAGAUUUUUGAUAAAGCAACUGGAUUGUAUAAGAUUCUUCAAAACUUAUAUUUGUUUAAGAAUAAAAUAGUUGAUGAAAGUUUGUCUAUUUUUGGAAAGAUUGCAAACUUACAAAUGCGUAUGGUGAACAUUAAGAAUGAUUUAAGAAUACUAACUAAUGCUGAUGAUAAUAAUGAUAUUGCAAAUGAAAAUGAAAUAUCAAUUCAUGUCAUCAAUAACAUUAAAUCUGCUGAGGACUAUUUGUCUUUGACUAUUGACUUACCUUUAUUAUUUGGAUUUAUGCUCAUUGAGAAGCGGCGACAAUUUGAGUGGCAUGAAUUCUAUUCCAAAGGAAUUGUUAAUAACGUAUCUGAACAACUAUCUGUGAUAAUUGACCAUGAAAAGAUAUUUAGAAAGUUGUGGCUUAAGAAGUUUGGUAAUUUCUUGUCAAUCUUAAAUAGUAAAGAUGAGAAUGAUGCAUUGCGAACGGUAUUGCCAAGUAUUGACGUAACAUUAGUUAACGGAAAUGCUGAGAGUAAUUCGACGUUUGGAAUUAUUAAUAAUAUUCAAGUUGAGAGGGAUGAUAUUUCUACGUACAUCAAUGCUUUAGAAGAAUACAGUAAUGCUGGAACUACUUCAUCACCAAGUAGUAAGAAAUUUUCAGAAUUAAUGAAGAAGAAUUUCCAAGAUUUAAUUAAAUGCACUAAUAACAUGAAGAGGGUAACAAAAAUGGUAUCUUCAUUAUCGUCAUUCACUUCACCCGUUGCAAAUGAAAUAAAAAACAAUGAUAAAUUGCUUGCCAAUCUGAAGGAUGAAAACAAUGAUAAGCAAGCAGAAGGUGGGGGACACAUGAGUGAACUAGGUGAAGUUGAUUAUGAUAUAAAUUUGGUAAAAGGUUUGAAAAUAAGGAUUAGAAAGUUGGAAAAUUUGCUUCAUCAACAACAAUAUAAGGAUCUUUCAAACUGGCCGGUAACCCGAUCUAAUGGUGCGAAUGCUACAUCAACUUCAGAAACUGAUGGAAAGUUCAGUUUAAUACUUGAUCUGAACCAAAAAACAUCUACCUCGAGCAACUCUAAAAUUGAUCCCACAAAUUUGCUUCAAAGAAGACAAACUCUUCCUUUGAAACUCGGGCACGAAAAACCUACAACUAGCCAACAGUCUAACCAUUUAGAUGUCUCUACAACGAUUGAUAAACAUCUUGAUAACAUUCGUUUAAAAAAGGAGAAUAAUGAACUAACAAAUGAAAAUCUUAAGCUUUCAAACACGAAUAGGACAAAUGAAAAACUAAUUGAAGCCUUAAAUAAGCAAAUUUCCAAUUUGAAGACAGUAAAUGAUGAUCAAAAUAAGCAUCAUGAAGAAAAAUUGCGGAAGCGGGAUGCAGAAAACCAGCAAACGAUAACCAGAUUAGAGACAGAAUUGCAAGCCUUCAAACCCCAAAAUAACAAAGAAGUUGUUGACCUAAAAGAUAAACUCAGUUUAAGAGAUGCUGAAAUUUUAGAUUUGAGGAAAGAUAUCACAAGACUUCACGAUGUUAACGAAGGAUUCACAGAAGAAGUUACAAAAUUGAACGAAAAAAUCGCUACCUUACAGAGUGAUAUAAAUGAUGUUAAUGCAAUGAAGAAAGAUUUGCUUUCCAAUAUGGCUUCCAAGGAGACAGAUACGAUUAAUCAUCGUAUUUCGCUUGAAGAAGAAAUUAAGAAAUUGCAUAGCAAAAUUGAGGAAUUAACAGAGGAUUAUGAAAAUCUCAUGGACUUGACACAAUCAAAGCAUAAUAAUCUAGAUAUCAUGGUUAAUUAUUUGAACAAUAUGAUCAUUCACCUUCUCUCAAGUAUUAAAUGCUUGGUAGAACAACAAUUUGAAACCUUCAUUGAGUUUUGCUUUAUUUUAGAAUCUAUGGGCCUUUUAUUAAUAAAAGAACAUAACAAUAACAAAAACCUUGAUGAGUAUAAGAUUACUAGAGUGAAAGGUUUGAAAUCAAAGAGGAAUGAUAAGAUUGUACCUACAUCGGCUAAUGGUAAUGUAUUAGAUGAAACUCCGAUUGUGUCAACAAUGGGGAAUAUGCCUACUUCUAAAGUUGUAGAUGACAUAAAUAAAAUCAUAGGAUGGGUUGAUGAUAUACAGUCUUUCAAGAAUAUUUCGACGAAGUCAAGCGAAGACGGAGACGAAAAAUCGUGCUCGGCUAAUACUGCUGGGUCAGUUUCAUCAAGUGUAAUCGAUGAUCUCCCUGAGGAAAUAACUAAUUUGUCGGUCGAAGAAACUAAUAAAUUUAACCGUCAAUCUUUAGAAUUAGUGAAAUUGUUUAGGGACAUUUUCAAAUCUAGUAAUGGGUCAAUCUCGAAAUUUGAAGACUUUAUUAAUACAAUUAGAUUUAAAGAAAAUAUCUGCAUUAACCAAAACCAAGAUGAUUCAGGUGUCAGUAAUAAGUUCUUCUUGGGUGCAAUCACGAAGAGAUUUAAAGAUGUUGAAGGAUUUGCAAAAAAACUUACUAAGGAAAACAAAAGUAAGGCUCACGAACUAAGUCAGUUAAUUGGUAAGCUAAAUUGUAAAAUUUCAAUGAAUAGUUUUGAGAUGGAUGAUUUAGUAUUGUUCUUGCCAACAAGGAUUGAUAGAGCAGAAGAAAUUGACGAAAACUUCCAACCAUGGGCAGCUUUUAAUAUUGGUGCUCCUCAUUACUUUUUACGGGUUCAAAAGAAUGAAGGAAAUAAGACUGGCAUUACUCAUUCUAUAAAGGAUAAAGAAUGGAUGGUAGGACGUGUGACAUAUAUCGAAGAACACACAGUGACGGACGCAAAUUUCAACGACAAGGAUGCUAACCCUUUCCAUCUCAGCACUGGUGUUGUUUGGUAUGUUGUUGAUGCAAAGGAAGAGAUUUUUUAA